CGCAGGCUGGCAUUCUGUCCGGCUUCCGGAUCCGUCUCUAUGGUGGCGGAGGGACCAGACCCCCGAAGACUGUGGGUGUAGUGGCCGGAGCCUCACGGGGGAGGCAAGGGUGGUUGGUGCCAACUGGCGGCGAAGAGGGGACCGGAGCCAAGACCCUCGGCCACCGCCCGCUGCCCUCUGGCAGGUCCGUGGCUUUGGGGAGGGGCUGCACGUGGCCCCCCGCCCCAGGGAUGGGAGCGGAGAGCAGCGCUCUGAAGAGCUGUGCGCUGAAGGGGCCCCCGGUCACACUGCCCUCGGGACUGGCCGUGUUCCCCGCAGAGCUGCAGGAUGGCAGAGUCGCGUCGGUGUUCGUGUACAAGAGAGAGAACGAAGACAAAGUCAACAAGGCUGCCAAGCACCUGAAGACACUCCGGCACCCCUGUUUGCUGAGAUUCUUAUCUUGCACGGUGGAGGCAGAUGGUAUUCAUCUGGUCACUGAGCGAGUGCAGCCUCUGGAAGUGGCCUUAGAAACACUGUCCUUCCCUGAGGUCUGUGCCGGGAUCUACGACAUCCUGCUGGCUCUGAUCUUCCUUCACGACAGAGGCCACCUAACGCAUAACAACGUCUGCUUGUCCUCUGUGUUUGUGAGUGAAGAUGGGCACUGGAAGCUGGGAGGGAUGGAGACAGUCUGCCGCGUCCCCCAGGCCACCCCGGAGUUUCUGCGGAGCAUUCAGUCAGUGAGAGACCCGGCUUGUAUCCCUCCUGAAGAGACGGCUCCAGAAUUCACGACUCUGCCAGAGUUGCACGGGCACGCACGGGACGCCUACGCCUUUGGGAUGCUGGUGGAAAGGCUGCUCACGGACAUGAAGGGACAGGCAGACGCUCUGCUCAGCUUCCGACAGGCCUUGCACUCAGCUCUGCUGAACCCCAUCCCACAGCGUCGGCCGGCGCUCUGCACCUUACUGUCCCAUGACUUCUUCAGGAAUGAUUUUCUAGAAGUUGUGAAUUUCUUGAAAAGUUUAACAAUGAAGAGUGAAGAGGAAAAAACUGAAUUCUUUAAGUUUCUGCUGGACAGACUCAGCUGCUUGUCGGAGGAGCUGAUCGCCUCACGGCUGGUGCCUCUGCUGCUGAAUCAGCUGGUGUUUGCGGAGCCAGUGGCUGUGAAGAGUUUCCUCCCUCAUCUGCUUGGCCCAAAAAAAGACCAUGGGCCCGAAGAGACCCCUCGCCUGCUGUCCCCGGCCCUGUUCCGCUCGCGGGUGGUCCCCGUGCUGCUGCAGCUGUUCGAGGUGCACGAGGAGCACGUGCGCACCGUGCUGCUGUCUCACCUGGAGGCCUACGUGGAGCACUUCACCCCGGAGCAGCUGAGGACCGUCAUCCUGCCGCAGGUGUUACUGGGCCUGCGUGAUACCAGCAGCUCCAUUGUGGCGAUCACGCUUCACAGCCUGGCUGUGCUGGUCUCCCUACUUGGACCAGAGGUGGUUGUGGGAGGACAGAGAACCAAGGUCUUCAAACGCACUGCCCCAAGUUUUACAAAAACUACUGACCUUUCCCCAGAAGAUUCUCCCAGGCAUGUGGCCUGCAGCCAGCACAGGCAGACCUCCCCCGGCUUGGAGAAUCCCUCCAGGGUAUUCCCUAAAGGGUUCUUUCCUGACGACAGGCCCAUCGGCAGCAAGAAGCACAAACAGCAAGAUUCCUACACCACUCUUCCCCCGACAGGUAGAAAUAGUGAUCGAUUUUCUCAGCCCAGGACAUUUCCCAUGAAUGGACUUUCAGACGCGAAAGAUACCUCAGGAGACAGUGAAAACUUCCUGCCAAGUCCCCAAGUGUCGGAGGAGUGGCCGGACUGGAGCGAGCCGGGGGAGCCUGAAGGGAGAACUGUCAGCACACAGGUGUGGCCUCCAGAGCCUGCCAGGUCCCCGCCCACGGACUUGAAGGUGGUGCUGACGGGGGACGACCUUCAGCACAGCAGCCUCCGCGAUGCAGUGAGCCCUGGAGGUGGAAGCUCUGGUGCCUCGGGGGAGCACAAGGCCAUUCCCACUUCUCUUCCGCUCACAGAGGAGGCCACGCCUUUGGCAUCAAGCCAACCCCAAAAGACCAGUCCCAGCCCAGCCCAGCCCUCAAAAGUAUCAUCACGAGAACGGCGCCCUAACGUUCCAUCAGAACUUGGUUUAGGAGAGGAGUUCACCAUCCAAGUGAAGAAGAAGCUGGCGCAGGACCCUGAGUUGGACUGGUUUGCUGACAUGAUCCCCGAAAUUAAGCCUUCAGGUGCUGUUCUCGUUCUACCCGACCUGAGGACAGAAACCGUGAUCCCCAACACAGAUGGUAUCUCACCAGGGAUGCAGUUUUCCUCAAAAUUCGCUGCAGCAGAAAUGACUGAGGCGGAGUCUGAAGGCUGGGGAGAUGCCGGGGAGCUGAACUGGGGAGACAGCAGCUGGUGACAAUGGCUGUCACUGCCAUAGGUGGGUCUUACCUCUGCAAACUGAGUAAAUGCCUCCAAGGCAUGUUGUUCUAACAGCCAGUUCCUGUCGGCCAGCAGCAAAGCAAAAAUGGAACACAGGUUGGGCACAAUUUUGUCCUAAAGAGAGAACCAAGCAGAGUAAAUGCAAUAUGCCUAAUGUUGUAUUAAAACACAUGCUGGUCAUGUCACUCCUUUGCUCAAGUUUUCCAUUUCGCUCGUAUAAAUCGGGGUCCUGACCUUGGCCUGCAAGCCCGCCGCCUCUGUUCAUGACAUUGAUGCAUCCUCAGUGCACCAGACAGACUCCCAGGUCAGAGCCUCUCUACCUGCCUUUCCCCUGCUCCCUCGGCUUGUCUUAGUGUCACCACUGACUGUACCACCCCACUUAGAGCUGUGCCCCAUGUCCACAUGGUCUCUUCCCUGCUCUACCCCCCUCCGCCCCCCCCCCAGCACUCACACCAUCCCAUACACUGCACAUGUCACCACUUCUCUGGUCUGCAGUCUCUCAGUGGGGGAUUCAUUGGGUUCAUUAUUGAAUCCCCAGUGAUUAAAACAGUGCCUGAUACACAUAUACAAACUCAGUAAUUUGUUUUUCUUAAAUGAAUAUAUGAAUCAAUCUUAUCUAAUGGUUUUAAAUGCCUCUUGUUUGCUGAUGAAUCCCCAAAAUUUCUUCAGGCCUUCACUCCUAGAAAUAUAUUUCUAGAAACAUACAAAGUAAUUUCUGCUAAUAAAAACAUCUGUUCUGCCCUGGCCGGUUUGGCUCGGUGGAUAGAGCGUCGGCCUGCGGACUGAAGGGUCCCAGGUUCGAUUCCGGUCAGGGGCAUGUACCUUGGUGCGGGCACAUCCCCAGUGCGGGGGUGUGCAGGAGGCAGCUGAUCAAUGUUUCUCACUCAUCGAUGUUUCUAACUCUCUAUCUCUCUCCCUUCCUCUCUGUAAAAAAUCAAUAAAAUAUAUCUUUAAAAAAAA